AUGACCGGCCCCGGCCCCGCCUCCCCGCUCCCGCUCCCGCCCCCGUUCGCGGCCGCCGGCGACGUCGACGGCUACGUGGCGGCGCUGCUGCGCUUCGGCACCACGUCGACGACGCUGCGCACCCUCUGCGGCGGCGUCCACAUCCUCGACUUCUUCACCCGCGACCCGGACCUGUACGCGCUGGUGCUGCCCGCCGCGUGGCGCCGCUGGUUCGCGCGCGACGACGUCGACGUCGGCGACGUGCUGGACUUGCUGAUGAGGGAUGAUUUGGAUGGGUAUGGUGGUGGUGAUGAUGGCGACGCUGACGCCGAGGGUGGUGCUGGUGGUGCUAGGGCUAAUGAUGGUGCUGCGGCGAAGACGACGACGACGGGUGGUGGUGGUUCGAAGUGGGGCGAGGGGCCGCCGGGGUCGUUGUUGGCGUUUGUGCGCGAGGUGAGGGGCUUGUUGCUGAGGAGGGAGUGGCAGCCGACGGGGACGGAGAAGAGCGUGAGGGGGAAGGGCGGGAAGGUGGCGGGGCUGCCGAGGCAUAUCGCGCUGGGCAUGAAUGUCAAGAAGCAGCAUGAGGUGCAGCAUUUUGCGGCGUUUGUGGACCGGUUGACGGAGGAUAUUGCGAAGGAGAAGGAGGGUCCAGAUGGUGAGGCGGCGGCCAUCACGCACAUUGCGGAUUUUGGGUCCGGGCAGAACUAUCUGGGCAGGGCGUUGGCGAGUGAGCCGUAUGGGAAGAACAUCAUUGGGAUCGAGAGCAGGAGGAACAACAUCGAGGGCGCAAAGGGGAUCGAUGUGCUGGCCGGGCUGGCGCCGAAGAAGGUGGUGUUGAGGAACAAGAAGGAGUGGAGAAAGGAGAAGGAGGGUGCGGUCUUCAAGGAGGGCGGGGCGAAGAAGCAGGAGGACUGCGAGGACUGCGGAGAGGCGCCCGAGGAGACGAACGGGGAGGAGACGGCGGCGGCAGCUCAGCCCGCGUCUGAAGAAGAUGCUUUCGCAGGAUUCGCACCCGAGGGCACUGCCGACUUCGCGCAGAGUCGCGAAAAGGAAGCGUUCAACGGGGUGCCGAAAGGAUCGAAGAAGGCCAAGCUCCACCUGCUGGAAGAGGGCGGCGGCAGCAUCCAAUACGUCGAGCACCGGCUGGAGGACGGCAACCUCGGCCAUGUCAUCCAGGAAAUCGUGGACCCGGCCAAGGUGCAGGCGGAGCAGGGCCAGGGCCAGGGCCAGGGCACGACGACGACGACGCCCUGCGUGACGGCGAGCACGCGGGCGCAGGAUCCCCGGCUGAUGGUCAUCUCGCUGCACUCGUGCGGCAACCUGGUGCACCACGGGCUGCGCUCGCUCACGCUCAACCCCAACGUCAAGGCCGUGUGCAUGAUCGGCUGCUGCUACAACCUGAUGACGGAGCGCCUGGGCCCGCCCUCGUACAAGCUGCCCCAGCUGCGGCCCAACCACCCGCGCCUCGAGGCCACGGCCAACGCCUUCGACCCGCACGGCUUCCCCAUGUCCACCCGCUACGCCACCUACCCGGUCCCGGGCAGCGGCAACAGCGCCGGCGACGUCGGCGUCCGCCUCAACAUCACCGCCCGCAUGAUGGCCGUGCAAGCGCCGCAGAACUGGGGCCCCGUCGACAGCGAAGCCUUCUUCACCCGCCACUUCUUCCGCGCCCUCCUCCAGCGCGUCUUCCUCGACCGCGGCGUCGUCGAGCCGCCGCCCAGCAACGGCCGGGCACGCGACGGCGACAGCAACGGCGACGACGACGGCGACCAGCUGCACCCGCGCGUCCUCUCAAACGGGCGCACGGUCAGCGGGUCCGUCAGUCCCGCGGGGUGCAGCAGCGGCGGCGAGCCCAUCGUCAUCGGCUCGCUCAAAAAGUCGUGCUACGCCGACUUCGUCGCCUACGUGCGCGGCGCCCUCGCCAAGAUCGAGGCGAACCCGGACCAGCGCGAGCGCGCGGGGCAGGUGCGCGACAAGAUGCGCGGCAUCACCGACGAGGAGAUCGCGCGGUACGAGCGCGACUAUCGCGCGCGGAAGAAGGAGCUGGCCGUCGUGUGGAGCCUGAUGGCCUUCGCCGCGGGCGUCGUCGAGGCCAUGAUCGUGGUGGAUCGGUGGUUGUGGUUGACGGAGCAGCCCGAGGUGGAGAGGGCGUGGGUCGAGCCCGUGUUUGAUUAUGCGUUGAGCCCGAGGAAUUUGGUUGUCGUGGGCUUGAAGAAGUAG